AUGCCAGAAAUACACGACCACGAUGGCAAGCCCGUCCACCACCACAUGGCACGUGUAAACGGCAUCCGCCUCCACUACAUCAAAUCCGGAUCCGGCCCACCCCUACUCCUCCUCCACGGCACACCUAAAACACACUACUACUGGUACCGCAUCGCCCCCCUCCUAACCAAAAAGUUCACCAUCAUCGCCCCCGACCUCCGCGGCUUCGGCGCAACAGACAAGCCCCCCGCAAGCGAAGGCUACGAUGGGCGCACCAACGCCAAAGACAUGGCCGAACUCAUGACGCAACUCGGGUACGAGAAAUUCUCCGUCCACGGCGAAGACCGCGGCGCAACAUAUGCCUUCUGCCUCGCGGGCCUGUAUCCCGAACGCGUAACCCACCUCUCCUUCUGCGAAAUGCUGCUUUCCUACGCGCUUACCAAACAGACCUUCUUCACGCGCAAAAAUAUCGCGGCGCAGUACAACCAAGCGGGCGUAUGGAACUGGCAUAUCCCUUUCUUUUGGCUGCCGCAUGUACCUGAGAUGUUGAUUCAGGGAAAGGAGGAAGAGUUCUGGACGCAUUUCAUGAAGGCUGAGUGUUAUAAUCCCAGUGCGCUGGAUCAGGGGGCUGUGAAUGAGUGGGUGCGUUGUUUGAAGGCGCCGGGUGGGCUGAGGGGUGUGCUGGAGAGUUAUAGGGCGCAUUGGGUUAAUGUGGAUGUUGAGGAGGAGAUUUUGACUGGGGGGAAGUUGAGGUGUUGUGUUAUGACUGUGGGGGCGCCGGAGUUCUUUGGACCGUUGGUUAAGGAGCAGAUGGAGUCUGCUGCUGAGAAGGUGCAUAUUUCUGAGGUGUUCGAGGAAUGCGGGCAUAGUUUGGCACUUGAGCAGCCGGAGAAGCUUGCUAAUCUUUUGAAGAAGUUUAUUCUUUAG